UAGUGGGUUUGCGCGCAGCUUAGACUGGCGUGACAUCACCAGUUUGGGGGCGGGGCAAGAGUCCUCCUUUUCAACCUUGUCCCUGGCUCCGGCCUUUCAGGCGUCUUCGGCUCUGCCGGUUCGUGUAGGAGACAGCUCUCAGCUCCGGCCGCUCUUCCCAGACCUUUCAUCCUCCCCACUGAAGAUCUUCGUUGUAGAGUCAUGUCGCUCAUUACAGCUGGACGUGUGUGCGCCCGUAUCCUCGGAGCCAAGAACUCCCCUUGUGUUCUGAUUGCUGCACGACAAGCAAGCUCUUCCACAAAUCUAAAAGAUGUCCUGUCAGAUUUAAUUCCCAAAGAACAAACGAGAAUCAAGAACUUUAAGCAGCAGUAUGGCAAAACGGCGAUUGGGCAGAUCACUGUUGACAUGGUAUAUGGUGGUAUGCGUGGGAUGAAGGGGUUGGUCUAUGAAACAUCUGUGCUUGACCCUGAUGAGGGUAUCCGCUUCAGAGGCUACAGCAUUCCUGAGUGCCAGAAGCUGCUCCCCAAGGCUCCUGGAGGGGAAGAGCCAUUGCCUGAGGGACUCUUCUGGCUUUUGGUGACUGGGGAGGUACCCAAUCAAGAACAGGUGAACUGGAUUUCCAAGGAAUGGGCAAAGAGAGCUGCUCUUCCUUCCCAUGUGGCCACCAUGCUGGACAACUUCCCCACCAACCUUCACCCCAUGUCACAGCUCAGUGCCGCCAUCACUGCAUUGAACAGUGAGAGUCAUUUUGCUCGGGCCUAUGCUGAAGGGGUCAACAAAUCCAAGUACUGGGAGUUGGUUUAUGAAGAUUCCAUGGAUCUGAUUGCCAAACUGCCUUGCGUUGCUGCAAAGAUCUACCGCAAUCUUUACCGUGAGGGAAGUAGCAUUGGAGCCAUUGAUUCCAAUCUUGACUGGUCUCAUAACUUUACCAACAUGCUGGGUUACACAGAGCAGCAAUUCACAGAACUGAUGAGACUUUACCUGACUAUCCACAGUGACCAUGAAGGAGGCAACGUGAGCGCUCACACAAGCCACUUGGUGGGAAGUGCACUGUCUGAUCCUUAUCUAUCAUUUUCGGCUGCCAUGAACGGACUGGCAGGCCCUCUUCAUGGUUUAGCUAACCAGGAAGUUCUUGUGUGGCUCACAAGUCUGCAGAAGGAUCUUGGUGGAGAGGUGUCCGAUGAGAAGCUGAGAGAUUACAUCUGGAACACUCUGAACUCUGGCAGGGUUGUCCCGGGAUAUGGUCAUGCUGUGUUGAGAAAAACGGACCCACGCUACACUUGUCAGAGGGAGUUUGCACUGAAGCACCUUCCUGAUGACCCUAUGUUCAAACUGGUGGCUCAGCUUUACAAGAUUGUUCCCAAUAUAUUACUGGAACAGGGCAAAGCCAAGAAUCCAUGGCCCAAUGUGGAUGCUCACAGUGGGGUCCUCCUACAGUAUUACGGCAUGACAGAGAUGAACUACUACACCGUUCUGUUUGGUGUAUCACGGGCGCUGGGUGUUCUGGCUCAGCUUAUCUGGAGCAGAGCUCUUGGAUUCCCCCUGGAAAGACCGAAAUCAAUGAGCACAGAUGGCCUCAUGCAGCUGGUCGGAUCGAAGUCUGGCUAAUCAAUAUGGGAAGCGCCAGGGCUCCUCCGUUUUCAAUGGAGGGCUCUUUAAAAAUAAGACAGUACACCUUUUGUUUCAACGGACUGCUUUGCACCCCACUGUUUUCCGAUGAGAAAACGUCUGGUUAUUUAUGCUGGGAAUCCAUGUUGCAGCUCAGUAUGAGCCUGUUUCCUCACUGAAGAGAUCUUUAUUUGACUCUCCACCAGGAAAUAGGUUCUUGUGCUGCCGGUUAGAAUCAGAACUCUGGAACCCCCUCAGUCACUACCUAUUAACUCACAGACCCCCAUCGUUCUGCUUAUUUAUAAUUCAGCCAUGGGCAGUCAUUGCCUCCUAAUAUUGUUACUUGACUGCAGAAGCAGUGGCCCAUAUGUUAUACACAGGCCAGUAUGGCACAAACCUCCGCAAGCCCCUCGUAUAUCUAAUUAUCAACCACCAAGCUACAGACAUGCCUGUGCUGAGCACAACACAGCUCCAGGAGUGAGGGUUUUAGUCUCUUAAAUCUUGGAAAAUGUGAUACUGCUGCUGCAACCUUUUAACUGCUGUCCUGCGAGGCAGUAGAAGAUUUAAGUUUUGGUGCCCCAGGAACAUCCGAAUAGACUGUCGAGUAAGGGUUUGGCAUUGUAUCAUCGCCAGUUGCUCCCCCAUCUGUCACUCCCUUGAACAAGCUUUGUUUUUAAGAAAUAAGAUUUUAUGUAGGUGGACAGAUCACCCUGCCUGCUAAUUACAAUGAUAUUAUAAGGGAGUCCAGGAGCAAGAAUUAUUGUAGAUGGUGUCCUGCUUUUAAUGUCCCCCCACUGUCGUUAUGCUUUUAUUUGCAGCUCUGUUUUAUUGCACUCUGGGUCUUCCUGUGCUCUACUGCUCCUUAACACACAAAACUGUGAAUUCACAUGGUUUAGUAUCAGAGGUGGUCUCUGUUGUGUUUUUUUUUUAAAGCUGCCUUUACUUUUGCCCCUCUCUUGCUUGUGGCAGCAGUCUAGGAUUUCUCGCAGCAGUGAUCAGCAAUUUGAGCCUCUGUUUCUAAACUCCCAGCAUCCCAAAACUGCAAAUGCCAGGGAGCCGCAGGAUGAGUAUUGUUACCUUUAUAGAAUCCUGUUUUGCUUACAGGGUCCUGCUUUUCAAAAGCCACAGUUCUUAAGCUUUAUUACGGACUAGACAAUGACUAAAUAAAUGCUGACUAUGUAGCGUGUUUACCACUCCUCCUACAUUAAUUCAUUAAUCAUCAUAGAUAUGCGAUUGCACUUUCCCAAGCUGCUAAUUUAGUCUUCUUCUUGUGCGGGAAUGUCAGGCUAACAGCCGUUUAGCAAAUCCUGGUUAGUGAUAUUAGGAAUCCUAAUUCUCAUCUGCUGGAGGGUUGCAGUUUGGCAUCACUGCUCUACAGCUUGACUGUCCACCAAUAAACUCAAAAAAAUGAAACCAACAUGAUUGUGACCCAUUAGUUAAUACACUCCUGUCCAACCAUUGACCUCUCUGUGUGGUAUUGCCUAACCUGUUCUUGUCAGUGCAGACUAAUCGGCCAUCAAAUGCUCUGCAAAUUGUGGAUUGAUAUUCCAAAUUACAACAGACUUAAGGUUGUUCUGUAUAAAUGCAAAAUAAAUGUUUUUAUUACCUACA